CGGGUCACAUGAGCGGCCGCGGCAAGAUGGCGAACGUGGCCAAGAAAGUUUCGUGGGCCGGCAAGGACGAGGAGCCGCGGCCCGGGGAGACCACGCCGCUGAUCAACGGCUCCCCCACCGCCGCGCACACACAGGUAGACCAACUUUUUUCGGAUUCAGAGGCUGAUCACAGUGAAUCUAGAUGAUGAUGAUCCAACACAUGAGCAGGACAGAGUUUCAGCUGCUGGUGUGCCCAAGGAAAUUCCACGUACAGAAAAGCUGCUUUCACUUAAGUAUGAGAGCCUUGACUAUGACAACAGUGAAAAUCAAUUGUUUAUGGAAGAAGAAAGAAGGAUAAGCAAAAUAGGCUUUCAUGUACUGGAAAUCAAAAGAUGGAUUGUUUGUUGCCUCAUUGGAAUCUUCACUGGCCUUAUUGCCUGCAUUAUAGAUAUUGUUGUAGAAUUACUCGCUGAUAAAAAGUACCAAAUAAUUAAAGAAAAUAUUGAUAAAUCUACAGAGAGUGGCGGAUUAUCCAUUUCGCUUGUACUCUGGGCAUCAUUGAACGCUGCUUUUGUGAUGAUCGGCUCUUUCCUGGUGGCUUUCAUAGAGCCUGCAGCAGCUGGGAGUGGAAUUCCACAGAUCAAAUGUUACCUAAAUGGAGUAAAGGUUCCUCAUGUGGUUCGACUGAAGACGCUGGUGGUCAAAGUGCUCGGUGUUAUCUUCUCAGUUGUUGGAGGGCUGGCCGUUGGAAAGGAAGGUCCAAUGAUUCAUUCGGGUGCUGUUAUUGCUGCUGGUAUUUCACAAGGGAGAUCCUCAACCUUAAAGAGAGAUUUUAAGAUAUUUGAGUAUUUUCGCAGAGAUACUGAGAAAAGAGAUUUUGUAUCAGCCGGAACUGCAGCGGGAGUUUCUGCUGCGUUUGGUGCCCCAGUAGGUGGUGUUCUUUUCAGCUUAGAAGAAGGGGCUUCCUUCUGGAACCAAAUGUUGACUUGGCGUAUAUUCUUUGCUUCAAUGAUUUCAACAUUUACUUUGAACUUUGUUCUGAGUAUCUACCGCGGCAAGCCAGGAGAUCUGUCCAGCCCGGGUCUGAUCAAUUUUGGGCAGUUUCAAAGUGAGGCUGCACAGUAUAACUGGUUUGAAAUCCCGGUGUUCAUAUGUGUGGGUGCAAUCGGUGGCAUUCUCGGAGCAGUGUUUAAUAGACUGAAUUACUGUCUUACGAUGUUUAGAAUCAGGUACAUUCAUCGUCCUUGUCUACAAGUAAUUGAGGCGAUGGUAGUUGGAGCCGUGACUGCUACAGUUUCCUUUGUCAUGAUUUAUGCCACGUACACCAGUGACUGCCAGCCUGUUGGAGAAGAUCCGAUUAAAUAUCCCCUUCAACUGUUUUGCCCCGAUGGGGAAUACAAUGCAAUAGCCACAACAUUCUUUAACACUCCUGAAAAAAGUGUUCGCAGUCUGUUUCAUGAUUCUCCAGGUUCAUACAACCCUUUGACUCUGGGCCUGUUCACAUUAAGUAACUUUUUCUUGGCCUGUUGGACGUACGGGCUGGCUGUCUCCAGUGGCAUCUUCAUUCCGUCUUUACUGAUCGGCGCUGCAUGGGGAAGAUUGUUUGGAAUAUUUCUUUCCAAAAUUUCGUCAGGCUCUACUUGGGCCGACCCAGGGAAAUAUGCCUUGAUGGGGGCAGCAGCUCAGCUCGGAGGUAUUGUACGGAUGACACUGAGUUUAACGGUCAUCAUCAUGGAGGCGACUGGUAAUGUGACGUAUGGUCUGCCCAUCAUGCUGGUGCUGAUGACGGCCAAAAUAUUUGGCGAUUACUGGAUUGAGGGUCUGUAUGACAUUCACAUCAAGCUGCAGAGUGUCCCUUUCCUUGGAUGGGAACCUCCUGAGAAAUCUCACACUUUAACUGCACGUGAAGUGAUGAGUUACCCAGUCACUUGUUUCAAACGUGUGGAGAAGGUGGGGCGUAUUGUGGACCUCCUGAGUGACACAACUACCAACCACAAUGGAUUUCCAGUGGUUGACGAGAAUCACGAGCCUGAAUACGAUAAUGUUGGAAGACUAUGCGGAUUAAUUUUACGAUCCCAGCUAAUUGUUCUCCUAAAACACAAGGUGUUUGUGGAAAGAGCAAACUCCAACCUGACCCAAAGGAAGCUCCAACUGAAGGAUUUCCGCGAUGCUUACCCGCGGUUUCCACCCAUCCAGUCCAUCCACGUGUCGCAAGACGAGCGCCAUUGUACCGUGGACCUGACCGAGUUCAUCAACCCCACGCCCUACAGUGUGCCUGGGGAGGCGUCUCUGCCAAGAGUCUUCAGAUUAUUCCGUACUCUUGGCUUGCGGCACCUGGUCAUCUGUGAUGGAAGCAAUGGGGUGAUUGGGAUCGUUACCAGAAAAGAUCUUGCCAGAUAUCGUAUACAUAAAGGCCAACUGGAGGAACUUGAAAUGGCGCACACGUGAUCACAUGACCUGCCUUUCUUCAGAGUCACGCUCGGACUUGCUGGAAUUUUACCCUUUGAACAAUUCUAGUAGAAACAUUUUAUCCAGCCAUUGUUUUGUUUGCACUCCCAUGUGAACGGGGCCUGGAGACCCAGGAUAGUUUCUGGAAGGGCUAGUGUGCCAGAACGGAGCGUUUGCACUGUCACUUCUUGUAACUUUAAAUUGUACAGUCUUAUAUUUUUUAAACUAGAACAAAUGUUUGCCUUGCACAGUUUUCUGCUGUUCUUCCUGGAUUAUUGUAAAUGUAAGUGUUUGGGUCAUGCACAAAGUGUCUCCCGUCCGAUUAGUUGGACUGAAUUUAACUUUGGGAGCUUCUGAUAUUUUCUGCAAACUCUGCUCCUACUCAGUCAAGCAUUGAUGAAGCACUUGGGAACAACUGCCUAAGUAACAACUUGCUCUGCAUGCAAAGGCACUUAAUUGGAUUCUACUUGCUAAGCAGUUCCAAAUUUCACAGGCAUCGGUGACAGGGUCGACAGAACAAUUCCGCUUGCUAGUGCACCUUGCCACAAGACGGCUAAAUGAGAGCUCUCUGCAUGCAGUCGCCUUAUCCUUGUCGAAGUUACCAACGUAUAACUAGCAACGAGCAAGGGCACUUGCCUUCCCCAAACAUGAAGCGGUGGAUCCAAAAGCGACGUUGGCGCCAAGUUAGAGUUGCACUGCGGCUAACGCACGAUUACAGCCUCCCACGGUGUAGCUUCUGUAUAGAUGGGGGCAGAUCAGGAGGCACUUGUCACAAGUUUGGAUGGGCACCGGAUAUUUUGUCUACAUACAAGGUGGACACAAGAAGCUGGAGUAACUCAGCGGGACAGGCAGCAUCUCUAGAGAGAAGGAAUGGGUGACGUUGAGUCUGAAGAAGGGUCUCGACCUGAAACGUCAUCCAUUCCUUCUCUCCAGAGAUGCUGCCUGUCCUGCUGAGUUACUCCAGCAUUUUGUGUCUAUGUUUUAAACCAGCAUCUGCGGUUCUUUCUUACACAUUGUGUUUACACAAAUGGCAAUGUAACCCAGGGCAGGGUGGCAUUUCCUCAGUUUACUGUGUGUUGUAAUUAUAUAUGAAUCACUAGAGCACUGAGUAUUAUAUCACUUUGUAUUUUAUUAACCAACUAAAUCAGAAGCUGUGCAAAGUAUGAGGAAGUGACCCAUGAGUUUUCUAGAGUGCUAUUUUUUUUUUAAAGGAUUUUGUCUUCCCUGACUGUAGCAGGAGAUGUUGUGCAGAGAUAAAGCAAGAAUGAAUACGGAUGAAUUGAGCUUAUCUGUGAUGGUUUAUCUACAGUAAUUUUAUUGUGGUGGCUGCUGCUAUACACACCCCACUGAAGACCAAUUAAGUUUAAUGUUCGAUCUUGCAGAAAAAUUGAUAUGACUAAAUAAAUGACACAUUGGGCACAAGUACUAAACUUAAUUAAAGUUCCAUUAACCAAUAAAAAGUUUCACAAAACUAGUACUUUUAUAGCUAAUCAGUGUUCUUAUUCCUUCCGUGGUGGCUUGUAUUUUAUCAUGCUCAAAUGUUGCUUUUAUUCUGCUGCAGAAACAGCUGAACUAAUAUUAUUUUGAUGGCCACCUGAAUGAACCAUAAACAUAUUUUAGAUUUUGGGUCUUAUUUGAAUAGUUUUAAGAUAUCUAUGCUCAAGAUUUUCAAAAGGAUUGUGAAUUUUGUGUCCUGCCAUAAUAAAUGUUUACAUGUUUGAUCUA